UACGUAUCCGAUUUCGAAAUAGGCUCACUGUAAACAAACUCUGCAGCCAUGUCCGAUCAGAACAAUUGUAUAGUUGUAUUAUUCUGUGGUGGAGCCCUAGUGGUAGUAGGUCUUCUUGUCAUUCUGUUGCCCAUGAGCUUCAGUGGCCUGGAAUAUUAUGAGUAUGGCUUUGUUAAACAAAAGAGCACUGGGACAGUAAAUCUGGAUACUGUAUAUUCUUUUGGGAAACACUUUACUGGACCAGACUAUGAAUUUAAAGUGUUCCAGGCUGAUGCCCAUCACCUAACCCUGGAGAGGAUCAAAGCUUUUACUUCUGACAGACUGGAGGUACAGGUUACUGUUCAUCUGCAGUAUUUCUUGAGAAAAGAUGACCUGCCUGCUCUGCACAGACGUUUUGAUCUGUUUUAUGAGGACGUCAUGAAGAAUAGUGCUGUAGAUGCCGUAAAAGGUGCUAUUACUAUUUACACCACAAGGGAGCUCAUCUCAGAGAGAGCUAAAGUGGAAGAGGAUUUGUUCAAAGCUGUCAGGGAACGUCUAGGGGGGAAAUGUUGCCAGGAAGACUGCAAAUCCUGGAAAUAUGCAUGUUUUCCUGGCUGUACAAGGAUUGAUCUGUGCACAGAGGACAACAAAGGGGUGUUUGCUGAUGUGAGAUUCUUCCAAAUGGGUCAAGUGUACAUCCCCCGUGAUGUAGAGGAAAGGUUUCUUAGACAGCUUACUCUGAAAGAAGACUCUGAGCGAGAAAAACUCCUACAGAAAGCUCAAGUAGAAAGAAAGAUCACAUCUUCACAGGUUCAGAAGAUAAAGAAUAGAGCCCAGGAAGUGAGAGAGGAAGGGCAGGCUGAGUCUAACCUGAUCAAAAUCACAUCGAGUGCCAACUACACUGUCACUAUAGAAGGUGCUCGCAGUCGUGGCCUGACAACCCUGUAUCGAGAUCUAGGAAUCACAAACCAGAUCCAUAAAAACAGCUUCGACUAUUUACGUACUCUUAGAGGACUUGACAAUAUCUGGUUGACUGUUGAUUUCAACCAGAGGAUUGUUGGAAGUUUUGGCAAUAACUAAGUUCUUUUUAAAACACAUUUUGAAACAUUUUUAAAGGAUUGAAGUUUGCUGAUUAGAGUCCUUUUGGCUAUGCCUUUUUUUUCAUAUAGAGCUUGGUUGUAAAAAUUAUGUAACCCUGUAUUUUUUGUUGUGUAUUUUACAGUAGGUACAGUAUAUUCUUUAUACUGCAGAAGCAGUGCAAUUUUCCAGUGAAUAGUUUGUCUACAAAUGAGGCAAUUCAUUAAAAAUUGCUUUGAAUCAUAUUUUAAGAAGAUGAGUUAAAAAAACACGUGUGUCAAUCAAUGUAUAAUAAAGCUUGAACAAAAACUAAA